UGUGAUCGUGUAAAUUUAAUCCGGUUGGAAUCCGGACCUCCGCCCCUCUUCAACGCCUACCCGCGCACUGUGAUCUCCGUCUCCUUCGCUACGGCUCCUGACGUCCUCUUCUGACAGUCAGUUCGCCAGCCACGACAGGUACCAGUAAGCAUGUCGGAUGAAGAGCACCAUUUCGAAUCGAAGGCCGAUGCCGGUGCUUCCAAGACUUAUCCGCAGCAGGCCGGGACAAUCCGGAAAAAUGGUUAUAUCGUCAUCAAGGGGCGACCAUGCAAGGUUGUAGAAGUUUCCACCUCCAAGACAGGGAAACAUGGUCAUGCUAAAUGUCACUUUGUUGGCAUUGAUAUAUUCAAUGCAAAGAAACUUGAAGAUAUUGUCCCAUCUUCUCACAACUGUGAUGUACCCCAUGUCACUCGCACUGACUAUCAGCUGAUUGAUAUUUCUGAAGAUGGAUUUCUGAGUCUGCUGACUGAAAAUGGUAAUACAAAGGAUGAUCUGAGACUUCCAACUGAUGAAAAUCUUCUUUCUCAGAUCAAAGAUGGCUUUGCUGAAGGAAAAGAUCUGGUAGUGACUGUAAUGUCUGCAAUGGGCGAAGAACAGAUCUGUGCACUCAAGGACAUUGGCCCUAAGUAGAUAUAUUUAUGUGCUGUUUUGGUUAUCUGCUGUGGAUUUGUAAGAACAUAAUGGGUGCAUUUGAGAUCGCCUAAAGACUAUGCCAUUAAUUGGCUUGCACUGCUUUUGCUUUCAGAAACAUAAACAGGAUGUACUGGAUCAUAUAUAAUUACGACCAAAACAGUGAACUUUACCUA